AUGGGUUAAGCAAAUUGUGCAUGUGUAAAAACAGUUAGUUUUGAUCAUAACCAAAUUGAAAGUGAUAAAAGAUUGAGAGUGAGUCGGAAGGAAAACCAGAUUGAAGAUGAAGAAAUUAAACUAUUGAAAAGCAUAAUAAAAAUAUAAGCACUCCUGAGAGGCUGGAUUGUUAGAAAAAAGUAUCACUAUGUAUAAGUGUAACUGUACAAUACUAAAGUUAAUAACAUUUUGAAGUAGUUCUCAUUAACACACUUGUCAAAAUUCAGCAAAAUGCCCCCAUUUCCAUUUUCUGAGUAUCGCUAUUAAGAUACAGAAAGUGACUCUUAUGACAAUAGAUUCUUUAGAAAUGCAGUUUUGUUAGAGAAUGGUGCAAUUUACAUAGGAGAAUGGUCAGGAGACAAGAAAUUUGGAAAAGGAAUACAAAUAUGGAAAGAUGGUUCAAUAUAUGAAGGAUUCUGGAUAAGAGAUAUGGCAAAUGGUAAAGGGAGAUUGUAUCAUGCGAACGGAGACAUAUAUGAUGGAGAUUGGGAAGAUCAUAAAUCAAAAGGAUAAGGAGUAUAUAUCCACUCAGAUGGGGCUAGAUAUGAAGGUAGCUGGAAUAAUGAUUUAUAAAAUGGACAAGGCGUAGAAAUAUGGCCAGAUGGAGCCAAACAUGAAGGUGAAUACAGCAAUGGAGUCAAGCAUGGAAAAGGCAGAUUUGUUUGGGCAGAUAAAGCAUCUUAUUGUGGCUAGUUCUUAAACAAUCAAAUAAAUGGAGUGGGUAGAUAUGUAUGGCCAGAUGGCAGAAAGUAUUGUGGAGAAUGGUUGAACAACAAAAUGCAUGGAACUGGUCUGUUCUCAUGGAGUGAUGGUAGAGUUUACAUAGGGGAAUAUCAAGAUGAUAAAAAACAUGGUCAAGGAGUAUUCGAAUGGUAUAGUUGUUACCUUAAUUGUAGGCCUGAUGGUAGAAAAUAUGUGGGGUAUUGGUUAGAAGGAAAGUAACAUGGUAGAGGACUCUUCAUUGCUGGAGCCUAAAGGAAACAAGGAGAAUGGAAGGGUGGUAACAGAGAAAGAUGGAUUAUCUUUGAGUCAGAUACUGAUUUGGAUUCUAUUGAAAAGAAAAUGAAUUAACUCAAGAUCUACUAUUCAUCUAUUGACGAUUCUCAACUUUUGGAUAAAUCAAAAAAACCAUUGCCAUUACCUAAUAGUUCACUUACCAAAGGGGAAAAAUUCAAGCCUUUAUAAAAUCAUAACUUUUGA